AUGACGUCUACACGUCUCACAAGUAACUCAGAUGCCAACACCCCAAACAACUCGCUCAUCAGUGCAUCUAUUAAAUGCUAUGUCAAAUGGAUGAUACCGCACCCUGUGGAACGGCCGGAUGCGGAAGUAGAUCAUGACGCAGAUGACGACAAUGAUGAGGGCGACGGGGACGAUAAUGUAAGGGAGAAUAGGGGUGGUAGUCUGUCUACCUAUUUGCUGCUCUGCACGGGGGAAGGAGGCGGCACCGGGGGAACCGGGGGCGAGGGCGGGCGUUUCUUGAUGCAACAGUCACACAUACAUGGUCGCAACUUUGGUAUCCACUUUGGCGAUAUUGGUAGAACGUACGACAUUGGGAAAAACAUAGAAUACAUUUUCCACAACACAAGUAGCAGCAAAGACACUUGUCUUCUGUGCAUUGUUUGCCACACUUACAACUCCCCAUCUUCCCGCUCUCCUCCCAGUCCCCUCAACCUGCAAAGAUAUCAAUCACUUAAGCAACGCACUCACCAACUACUCAUGAACAUGCUCCUCAGCAAGGCGUAUCCCGUCCAAUCAACGUACUCAACCAUGAACACGCACCUCAGCAAGGCACUGAUGGUCUCCCACCGGCGCUACGUUAGCAGCAAGGUGACCGCCGUCUAA